UCAACUGAUCAACUCAAAAAACCAGUUUAUUUACUGAUCACAUUCAGUAACAAUUUUACGUCGCGCGCGGCAAAAGUGCGAUCUCGAUGUGGAUCUCAUAAGAAUUCAUUGUUGGCGUAGUGCGACUUUGUACAUAUUAAAAGUAUGUUUAAUAUUAUAAAGACGUGAUACCGAUUAUUAUUUAUUUUUUAUUAAAGACACUAGUUAAUUAUUUAUUAUAUUUAUACAAAGCGACGUACUUCGAAACCGAAGGUGUGUCUGUCGUAGGUUCGAAUUUCGAAUUGCGAGUGAACAACUGAACACUGCUUGUGCAUUCACGUGAAAACGAAAAUUGUUACGUGCAUAUAUAAAGCCGCUAUAAAGAGAUGUUAGUUCAGUGUAUAUUAUUUGUAAAUCGAUUGUUACUUGUUAAAUGAUUUGUUCCUCGACAUCAGGACCUUAUGAAUUAAACAUGUGCAGAUCAUUGGGUCGGUUGAGUGAUAAGUCCUGAUGAUAUAUAGAAGGUUUUACAAGCUUGGCUAACAUGUAGUCAUGGCCAGCGGCAAGGCACUGUAUUCUAUAGCUGUCGUUGUACUCGGUUUUAUCUGCUUUGUUGUUGGAGCAGUUGCAGUUGGAUUACCGACUUGGGGUCAUUUUUAUAGCUCUCCCACGGGGGGUCUAGAAAAUCCCAACUUCGACCAAGGCUACUUUGGACCAUGGCGGCUCUGCAAGAGGCUGCUGUACUACAGAGAGAAAUGCGGCACGGACGUCUCGAAGUUCCGACCGUCGACGGCGGUGUAUAUAGCAGGAGUCGUCGCGUCUGUCGGCGUGUCUGUCUUGGGAAUAUUCUGCAUUCUAUCAGUACUGCAAUUGGCCAUGAUAUCGUCGAAAGAGAAAGUUGGAUUCAAAUACACCCAUCUUGUGAUGACGAAGCUGGCUAUGUCGCUUCUAGCAACAUUACUGUCCAUAGCCGCAGCCGGCUUAUUCGCUGUGCAGGGCGAUGACAGGGGAUUUUAUCUCGUUAGAGGCGAAGCUUUCUACGUACAGAUAGUAUGCAUAGUGAUAAACUCAGCGUUGUUCAUAAUGUCGCUGUACGAUACAUUAUUCUCAAGAAGAGUUGGGGGCGACCCGACAAAUCCAUUGGCAGAAAACGAACGUAGUACUACGAUAAAUAACCCAGGUUUUAAAGAAGGAAGAGGUAAAUACGACGGUAUAUCAAUGACAGAUGCCUCCGGGAAACCCUACAGCACAAACGGUCAUGGCAGUGUUGCCUCUAUGAACACAACGGCGACUACCCUAACCGGCUUAUCUGAUGCUAGUACUAUCACGAGAUCGCCUCUAAGAUCCUCAUUAAAGAAACCAAGGCCAAGAGAAGGGGAACCGGGGGGAAUGGGUAUACAGAACCCCGGCUACUCGGGUCACUCACCACCAUUAAAUAGGAACGGUAGUCAGAAAAAGGUACGCAUACAAACACACAGUACUGAAGUGUAAUAUAGUUAUUGUAGCUUUAAGUACCAUCCUACACUAUACCGCUUGCUGUAUGUCAUAUAUAUGCAAGAUUGACGUAUUGGUCUAUAACUAUCUGCCCGAUUCAUAUUUUAAAGAAAACAAUUCAAUUUGAUUAUGACCAGUUCAAUUUCGAACAUAUUCACAAUUUAGGAAAAUAAAAACGUUUUUUGAAUAUAAAAAGGGACUACAAGUAUCCGUGAUUGUCAUUUGAAUUUGCUGUAACAAAAAUAAGCUUAAAAAUAUGAUGUGUGUAUAUAUAUAUACAUAUACAGACAUUUUUUCUUAUAGUAUGUAAGUUAUAUUAGCCCAAUUCACUGAUGACGAGUGUUAAUUAGUAAAUAACCCUAUCUUUACAUGUUACAUGUUAUAUAUAAAAAACUAAAUGAAGUUAAAUAAUCUUUAAAAAGUUUAAAUGACAAAAUUAAUAAAGCAAAUGACUAACCAACAAUAACGAUUUUAAUAUAGACUUUAUACAAAAAAAAAAUUACAUAGACACUACAUAUUGUUACUACUUCUAAAAGCCGGUCACAUAAAGACAUAAUUAUAUAAAUUGCAUUAUUAGAUAUUUCCCUAUUACACAAUUAAACAACACAUUUUCUUUCAAGAAUAUCAACUGUUAUUAAUUUAAACAUAAAUUUAUUUAAUUUAACUAUAAGAAAACUUUACACGCUGUUUGAAACAUAUUUAAAAGAAUUUUAAAUGUUAAAUAACUGCUCAAGCUUACCAUUUAUCAAACUGAGGAAUAUCACAAUUUUUUUAAUAAAAAAAUAUAAAACAAAUAAUUUCUCUCUUCUAACAAUCUCAUAUUCGUGUGAUUAUAACGGCUAGUAUUGGUAAAAAAAGUAAAUUUAUGUACUCACAGCGAUAUUAUGACUUAUGUUAAUUUUUUUAUUCUUAUGAUUUCGUGUCAUUUUUCCUAUUUUUCGUCGUCUUAAAAUUUCAAUUCAAAUGUAACAAAAUAAAAUUAAAAAGCACAAAAUAUUCACACAAUAAAAACUGAACAAAACUACAACAUAAAAAUUUAUAUCAAUUAAAAUUAAACAUUAAGAAAAAACAAUUUUUGACACACGUAGUCACGUCUCGAGACUUGUUUUUCAUUUAUUAACAAAAGUAUAAAAUAGUCAUUAGUAUUUAAAUGUAAGUUCGUGAAAGAUCCAAUUUCUUUUAAAUUAUAUUCGAUGUAAGUAUUAAUUUAAGUAUUAAUUCCAUUAAAUUAAGUUCUAAGUAGUAGAAUUUAUUGUAAGUAUAAGAUGACACAGUUUUACGUAAAUUAUGUAAUAUUUUACGGCAGCUUAUCACAUCGGUAUCGGUAUCGGUAUCAUCAACAUAAGAAUCAACAUACCUACCUACUUCAAAAAGGUUUAGAAAUAUUUAAAUCUUUUUGUUCAUUUCUCACACAAAAUUAAGUUACAUGUAUUAAAAAAACUCAAAGAUGAACGACAAACCGUGUAAUUAAAUGAAAAGUAAUAAUAAAUAAAUAUAGCACCACCUUUUUAUGUAUAUGUUGUUUUAAACGUAGGUCUAAAUAUAUUUUGUUGUACACAUGUACAUAAAUACAAGCACAAAGUGUUUAUUAUAAGAAUAAAAAAAAUAUUUCUACACGUUUUCACGUUGAUUGUUUAUUUUUAUUCAUAAUAAAAUUUCGUAAUAUCAUUUUAAGGUACCGUUUUAAAACCAUGGAUUAUGUAAAUAUAAAUGUGCCUAUUAAUUAAAGUGUGUUUCGAGCGUGUUUUAUUGGUUUACUGCUGUCUUGAUUAAUUUUUUUUACGAUAUUGAUAUUGACUUUUGAGGAAAUAAAACAAUAAAUGUAGUUUUUUCAUAUAAUUAUGCAAAUGUUUUCAAGUCACUAUGCUUGAUGGAAAUUAUGAAAUAAUUUGACGUUAAUUAUACACACAAAUGCAAUAUAAAUAGGUUUAAAGUUUAGUUUAUAACUAGAUUAUUGUAAAUACAUGUUCAUAUUAUAAGAGAAACCCACCAAGCUCUUUCCAAGACCAUCACAUUAAUUUAGUUAUUAAUUGAUUAUUUAAAGGGAACAAUUUUUUUUUUAUUGUAAAAUAUUUAUUAUUAAUUGAAAUUUGUGCCUCUAAUAAUAUGUGCCUUGACUUUUGCCUCUCCCAUCAAUGUAUUAUUUUGAGAAAGUAUUACGUUAUGUUACUCUAAAAUAUGUAUUGUAUGUAUUCAAUUCAAUAUAAGUGUAAAAUGUUUGUCAAAAGGUCUAUAGACAAAAAAUUAGAUAAAGUAUGAAAUACUUCUACAUCCUAAGUUAUUUAUCCGUCCAAGUUCUGGUCUUUAUUUCGUUUAUGUCCUUUUUAUAAUGCCGUAGUCAUGUAAGUGAAAAAUUAUCAAAAACCAGAAUUUUAUCAUUGUUAUUUUGUAUUGUUAGAAACUUUAACUUUUUGCAAAGCAAUGUUUUUCGGAUUAAGCCUUUGUUGAUUUGAAUUAUGAAAAAAAAUUAUAUUAUUUUAUUUAUAUACCAAUAUAUAUACCAUUAUGUUUUUUUUCGAGAAUUUCUUAUUAUAAAUUUAGUUUACUUUAAAUUGUAUAUUACUAAUCUCCGUCCGAUGUUUGAUUACUUAAAUAAUUGUUUUAUUGACAUUUUAAAUUAGAUUCUUAUAAAUAAACAACCUAAAUACAA